AUGAUGAUCUCCCCCCAGCUCUUUGCCGCUGCCGGCCUGCUGGCCAUAGCGUCCGCCCAGCUCUACCCCGGCACCUCGAACUUGAACCACACGUGUGCUAUCCAGAAGCCUGUGCUUUCCUGCUCUGCUGGUGCAGCGGACCCUUCGGCAGUUGAUACUUGUUGCGUUGAGACGUUUGGCGGCCUCUUCCUCUCCACCCAGUUCUGGACCAUCUCGACCUACCGCGAGUCCCAGGGCCAACUCCUACCCCCGUCGUCAUGGUCUGUGCAUGGUCUCUGGCCCGACUUCUGCAACGGCUCUUAUACCCAAUACUGCGAUUUGUUCCGACAGUAUGACCCAGAGCCUUCGCCCAACACGACCACCGGCACUCCCAGUGGUACCCCAGUACCGCCCUGGAACGGCACGACCAUCGACGUCUGGAUCCGCGACUUCGGCCGUCUGGACCUUCUGGCGUGGAUGGAAGAGUACUGGAUUGCGCAGGGCCAGCCGUCUGCCGAGCUGUGGGCUCACGAGUUCAGCAAGCACGCCACGUGCUUCAGCACCUUUGACGUGCCAUGUUACGGACCCAACUACGUCGAGCAUCAGGAGAUUAUCGAGUUCUUCGACACGGUAAUCAAGUACUUCUUGCGGGAACCCACGUACGAGUGGCUGGAGAAGGCCGGCAUCACACCCAGCAAUGAGACGGCGUACUCAUUGGCAGAUUUGCAGGAUGCAUUGAGUCAAGAGUACGGGGCGGUGCCGUAUCUAGGUUGCAGUGGCAAGCGGUAUAAUGAGACCGAGGAAGGCCAUGGCAGUAAUGAUACUGGACGAACAAGCUUGAGCGAGGUGUGGUACUUUUCUUGGGCCAAUGGACGACCGCAGGAUCAGACGGGAGACACGAUCGUGAAAGUGAAUUCGACGACGAAGAGCUCGUGCGCGACCACGGAGGGUGCGGUGUGGUACUAUGAAAGGGCGGAAGGCAGCGAGAGAAGCGAAUAG